AUAUGGGCGUGUUCUGUGAGUGAGGCGACGCCGCUGUGUAGUAAGCUAUGCAUUUUCAGCAGCUGUCGGUCUGACUACUCUGCUUCUAACCAGAGUGAAAGUUGGGUAGAGAGAAAAGGGAAUCCCAAGACUUUUUUGAUGCUUCCGUCCUCCUGUGACACCUUGGUGGCCUUGCCCCCGUCGACGGUGGGGCCACGUGUCGUGUUCGGGAAGAACUCGGACAGGCCCUGCGAUGAGGUCCAGGAGGUGCUCUACUUCCCAGCCGCAGACCAUGCAGCAGGGGAGAAGGUGGAGUGCACCUACAUUGAGAUCGAGCAGGCUCCCCACACCUAUGCGGUGGUGUUAAGCCGGCCCGCCUGGCUGUGGGGGGCGGAGAUGGGGGCAAACGAACACCAGGUGUGCAUUGGGAACGAGGCGGUGUGGAGCCGAGAGGAGGCCCAUCCCGAGGAGGCUCUGCUGGGCAUGGACUUGGUCAGGCUGGGUCUGGAGAGGGCGGACAGUGCCCAGAAGGCCGUGGACGUGAUCACAGAACUGCUGGAGAAGUACGGCCAGGGAGGGAACUGCAUGGAGGCGGAGAGCAGCUUCACGUACCACAACAGCUUCCUGAUCUCAGACAGGACCGAGGCCUGGGUGCUGGAGACUUCUGGGAAAUACUGGGCUGCCGAGAGGGUGGAGGAGGGACAUCGCAACAUCUCCAACCUGUACUCCAUAACCACCAAGAUAGACCGGGAGCACCCGGAGAUGAGGGGGCAUGCCAGGAGCCAGGGCUGGUGGGACGGGACGGCCCCGUUCAGUUUCGCCCAAGUGUAUUCGCGUACGGACACGGCCCGGAUCGAAGCCGCGAGCAGCCGAUGCCGCGAGGGCCGUAGACUGCUGGAGAAAAGUAAAGGGAAGAUCACGGCUGAGGUGAUGAUGGGGAUUCUGAGGGACAAGGAGAGCGGGAUCAACAAGCAGGGCGCGUUCAUGACGACGGGAAGCAUGGUGUCCGUCCUGCCCCGGGACCCCUCCCUGCCGGGGGUGCACUACUUCACCGGGACGCCAGACCCUGAAAGGUCGGUGUUCAAGCCUUUCAUUUUCGUGGAGGACGUCCAGCAGCUGGGGAUGACCCGUUCCCCCUGCUUCGGGCACGAGGACCCCGUGAAGAAGCAGCCCCGCUUCCAGAGCAAGCCGGACCGCAAGCACCCCCUUUACCUCAGACACGAGGUGGCGGCCGCCGUCAUCGCCACCGAGAAGGAGCAGGGGAACAAAAUCGUGCAGAACAUGAGGAAGCUGGAGGAGGAGAAAAUGGCCGAAAUGGAACAGCUUCUCAGCGGCGGGGUGGAAGAUUCUUCUGUGCUUGUACAUCUCUUUUCAAGAGCCACUGAGGAGGAGAUAAAUGUGUAUGGAAAAUCUUGAGUCAGCAACCGGUGCAAUGUCAGUCCAGAUGCAUUUUUUCUCCCCGAUUCCAUGUCUAUGCAAACAUUGCAUGUAAGUAAAUGGUUUUGAUGAUACAAAUAUCCAAAUUGUGCACUACUAUCAGCAGUAUUGCGUAUAAUUUCCCAUGAGAUAUUCAUUUUAAUUCAUAUUACUUAAAAUAUAUAAAUAUUGGUAAUGCCACAUUCAUUUUACCGAUUACCAAUUGCAGUUUGUAGCUACGGACCAGAAUUCAAAGAUUAUACAGUACGUACAGUAAUUAAAUUAUUAUUUUUAAAAGGUUUAAAUUGUGACUGAUAUAAGUAAUAGCCAUCUCUUGUGUGUAAUAGCAAUAAAUAAAGAACGGGUUGUCAUGGCCACUGAUAAAUAUCAAGAAAUAUA